AUGGCGGCGUAUGCUGCUGUGACUUCACUUUUGCAUACCCUGGAUAGUCUAUCUCAAACUCAUAUUCUUUACAAAAAAGAGAAAACUGAAGUCCUCAGUGAGAAGUACACCUUCCUUAAAACCUUUCUUGAGGAUUUUACUAAUAAUUUCCAUGAAUAUGUAAAGAUGAAGCAUCUCGAAAGGAUGAUCCAAGAAGCUGCUAAUGGAGUGGAAGAUACUAUUGACUCACAUGUAUAUGAUAGCUAUGUUUUAGUACAAAGCAAUCGAGUACGAAGAAAGGCUUAUACGAUCUUUCAUCAAAACUUGGAAUAUGCAAUUGAGGAAAUUGGUUUGAUACAAAAAGAGGUUAUGAAAAAGAUAAAGGUCAACAAGUUCAACAGCAAAAUCUCUCAUUCAAGAGAUACUUCAUCUCAGAUCCCUUUGGAUCAAAAAGAUGUAAUCAUUGGACUAGAUGAAGACUUGCUAAGGAUAAAAGAUAGACUCAUCGUGCAAUCAUCAAGACUCGAAGUUGUCCCUAUUAUAGGGAUGGGUGGUAUUGGCAAGACCACACUGGCUAGAAGAGUUUAUGAUGAUUCCUUGAUUGCAUACCAUUUUUAUGUCCGAGCAUGGACAAAUGUAUCUCAAGAAUUUGACACUAGAGAAAUUUUUCUUGGUAUUCUUCGCUCCAUUGGCGUGGUCAAGGAUGAAGUAGAAAGAAACAGUACUAAUGAGCAAUUGGCUGAAAGAGUUUAUCGAAGUUUAAAAGGGAGGAAGUAUCUUAUUGUCCUAGAUGAUAUGUGGUCUAUCGAGGCUUGGCAGCAUGUGAGGAGAUCAUUUCCUGAUGAUCAUAAUGGAAGUCGAAUCGUGUUGACCACAAGGCUUGUAGAUGUUGCAUCUUGUGCUUGCUCUGGCAAUUCCCUUCACGAGAUGCGCUUUCUGAGUGUGGAGGAAAGCUGGACUCUUUUACGCGAUAAGGUCUUUGGGAACGGUAGUUACUCUCCGGAAUUGGAGAAAAUUGGGAGAUGCAUUGUCCGUCAGUGUCAAGGGUUGCCACUUGCAGUUGUUGCAAUUGGUGGACUACUUUCCAAGAUUAGCAAGGAAACAAGUUCUUGGGAGAAUGUUGCAGAAAAGGUAGGAUCACUUAUGACCAGUGACACUAUGGAUUGCUUGAACAUACUUUCUUUGAGCUACAACCACUUGCCUCAGUACUUGAAAACAUGCUUCCUUUAUAUGGGAGUUUUUGCAGAAACUCGUGAGAUUCCGGUCUGGAAGUUAAUAAAGUUAUGGAUUGCUGAGGGCUUCGUCAAGAAAGUUAAUCAUAAAAAUUUAGAAGAUGUGGCAGAGGAAAAUUUGAGGGAGUUGGUUGAUAGAAGUUUGGUUUUGAUGGGGAAGCAUACUUCCCUAGGGAAAAUCAAGACUUGUAAGAUGCAUGAUCUCGUUCGGGAUAUGUGUUUGAGAGAAGCCCAAUAUGAGAAUUUUAUACACUUCAAAACAAGGUAUUACCACGAUGAUCUUCCAGAAAACUUUAAUUGUCUACGUCGUGUAGCUGAUUUCCAUAGGUAUACACACAGUGAAAUUCCUAAACUAAUGCCACUCACACGUUCUGUUUUCUUCAAAUAUCCAUACUCUGUUUAUUCCCUCUCACAGUCAAGCUUUAGAUUACUUAGGAUAUUAGAUGUUUGUUUUACAUCUUCUUUGUUCUGUGGUCAGUCCAUAUCAGAACUUGUUCAUUUGAGGUAUCUUGCUUGUCCGUCCUUCGAUGGUCUUGUGCAAUCACUAUGCAAGCUACGGAAUAUACAGAACUUAGUUAUUUAUGAUUCACCUCUAUUUGAUGCAUGUAUGACAACCCAGUCCCUACCAUGGGAAGUUGUGAAUAUGCCUCAACUAAGACAUAUCCAUACAAAAAAGCUUUGUCUUUUCAUACCCCGACCUACAUCCCUAAUUGCUGAGAGGGAGAAUCACUUGCAUACAAUAACCGGAUUGAUUCCCUCAUCUUGUAAUGAUGAGGUGUUUCUAAGAAUUCCAAAUUUGAAGAAGUUGGGAAUUUUAAUUUUUGAUCAUUUAUAUACUCAGAAGUGUUAUUGUCUGGAAAAUCUUGUACAUUUAACUCAGCUUGAGAAGCUCAAAGUUGAGUGCAAGUAUGUGCCAGAUUUAAUUUUGAUCUGCAAAGCAAAAAGCUUGGAUUGGGUGAGCUUUCCUGUGCUACACAUUCCACAUUGUGAAAAUUUCCCACCAAACCUUAAGAAGUUAACAUUGUGCAGAACAAACCUACCAUGGGAAGACAUGAACAUUCUCAGAAAAUUACCUAAUCUUGAGGUGCUCAAACUUAAAGAUGGUGCCUUUGACGUACUAACUUGGAUACUAAGCGAUGAAGACGAAGAUGGAUUCUUGAAGCUAAAGUUUUUACUUCUUGAGCGCAUGAGUCUGAAGCAAUGGGAAGCAACAAGUAAUCAUUUCCCAAGCCUUGAGCACUUAGUUCUAACAAAUUGCUAUUCAUUGAAACAAAUUCCUUUCGAUUUUGCGGAGAUUCAAACACUACAGCUGAUUGAACUACACGAAUGUAAGCGUUCUGUUCUUGUUUCAGCAGAGCAAAUACAAGAGGAGCAACAAAGCUUGGGAAAUGAUGACCUCGUUAUUCAUGCGAACUCUAUACGUGAGUAA